AUGAUCUCCUCAGAUUCUAUUCUUCCCUGGGCACAAUCGCCUCCGCGGUGUCCUACACAGCAGAGGCCGGUUCGCAGUUCCUUCGACCCUGCUGUUGUUGGGGGCUACAUGUGCAUCAUGUUUUGUGGGCCGCCCGAGGCUUUGUCGCAGACCGGAAAGGUGCUGGAGGCCCUGCGUGCUAAAGCCUCUGCAAAGUCAAAGGGCCAAGGUUUAGCCAAGGUGCCAAAGCUGGGUCAUGUCAAAGAUGCAGAAGAAGGUACUCGUAGACACAGCGCAGGCAAAGACUCUCGUGACGAGCUUCGGGGACAAGACGUGAAGUUCAUUUCCGAGCAACAGGCAGAGCGAAAUCGUAAUGCGCCGAGCUCGACCAUGCUGUCCACCACUGUCAUGUACGAACAGCGUGCAGACAAAAAGGAAGAAGGCCUCUAUGAAGGCUGCUACAUUUCACUUCUGGGUAAGCAGCAGCCGACGACGAACCUUGGGGGCAUCACGCCGCCAAGCUUCUCCAUUAACUGUGCAUCUGCCGCCCACCAGGGCAAAGAGCGAGACGCGAAGGAUGCGAAGGGCAAGAACGAUCGUGAGAAGACGAAGGAGCACAGAGAUAAUUUGAGUCUGAAGCCUGCAGUGAUUUGGGGUCUGCGUGAGUGA